AUGACAGACCCUUCGCACGAAAAAGAGGUGAACGCGGCUGCAGCCGGCCCUGUAUCGCCCACCGGGACACCAUCACCUCGCUCCGCCUCGCCAUCCGCAGAGAAGGAGACCUUACACGGAGACGAUCAAGGACGAGACCAAGGCCAGGACGAGCUGCAGAGGGUAGAGACGGCGGAGGAAGCGGCCGACAAUGGUACUAGGCAAGCUGAGUUGGACCGACUAAGAACCGUUGCUACCGCUACCAGCGUAGCCAGCGCCACGCCAGUAACAACAAACCAGCUGCCCGAGCAGAAGCCAUGGUACAAGCAACCGAACCCCCUCCGGUGGGGGAAGAUCCCCCCCGUGCCCAAGGAACAAGAGGUCUGCCCGGAGUACAACGCCGGGUUCUUCAGCUCCCUGAUCUUCCAAUGGAUCGCCCCGCUGAUGAGUCGAGGCUACAAACGGCCUCUCGAGUUCAACGACAUAUACAGUGUCAACCCUGACCGGGCCGUCGACCCCAUGACCGACAAGCUCCGGGCCGUUUUCAAGCGCCGCCUUAACGAAGGGGACAAGUUCCCCCUGAUGUGGGCCAUCAACGAGACCUUUUUCCGGGAAUUUUGGUUCGGUGGCGCUUGUGCCCUCCUCUCGUCCGUGAUGCAAGUCAUGUCCCCUUUCGUGCUUCGGUACCUGAUCCAGUUCGCCGCCGACGCCUACAUCGCCAGCCUGCGAGGUCUCCCAGCUCCGAAUAUUGGUCACGGGAUCGGCUUGGUCGUUGGUAUCACACUCAUGCAGGUUGUGCAGAGCUUGGCUACCAACCACUUUCUGUACCGUGGCAUGCUCGUGGGCGGCAUGACCAGAGCUGCAUUGAUCAGUCUGAUCUACGAAAAGUCCAUGGUAAUCUCUGGUCGUGCCAAAGCUGGGGGGGCAGAAUUGCCAGAUAUUCCUGCUGCUAGAGCUGCCGAAGACCAAAGGAAGAAAGACGCGGCGAAGAAGGCGAAGAAGGCCAAGGGCGCAGGACCGACAGAAAAGCAAGCGGCUCUUUCCGGUGAUGGCGUUGGUUGGGAUAAUGGGAGAAUUAUGGCUCUGAUGAGCGUCGAUACAUAUCGAAUCGACCAAGCCUUUGGGUUUUUCCACAUCGCCUGGACCGCUCCCCUUUCUAUCCUCAUCACUCUCGCCAUGCUGCUAGUGAACUUGACCUACAGCGCUCUUGCCGGCUUCGGUUUGUUAGUUGUCAUGCUACCCCUACUGUCCAAGGCCGUCCAGAGCCUGUUUGCUCGCAGAAGGGACAUCAAUAAGAUUACCGAUCAGAGAGUGAGCCUCACACAGGAAAUUCUGCAAUCCGUUCGCUUCGUCAAGUUUUUCGGCUGGGAGGAAUCGUUCCUGAAGCGCAUCGACGAUUUCAGGAAUAGAGAGAUCUCCUCGAUUCAAGUUGUGCUGGGCAUUCGAAAUGCCAUCAUGGCCGUCGGCAUUUCCUUACCAAUCUUCGCCUCCAUGUUGUCCUUCAUCACCUAUUCCUUGACCAACCACGGCCUCGCGCCCGCCCAGGUGUUCUCCUCACUUGCCCUCUUCAACGGGCUGAGGAUGCCUCUGAACAUAUUACCCCUCGUUCUCGGCCAAAUUACCGACGCCAUGUCUUCGGUUGGCCGUAUCCAAGAGUUCCUACUCGCCGAGGAGCGCGAGGACGAGGCAAUCCAAAAGCCCGAUGCCGUGAGCGCGGUCGAGUUGCGCGACGCGUCCUUCACCUGGGAGAGGACGCCGACCCAGGACACUGAGACUACCCGUUCCAAACCAGCAGCUGCGGCCGUAGCAGCCCCGGCCGAGGGGGUUGCGGAUAAAUCUCACGAGGGUACGGCAACGGUCCCCAGCGAGCCGGAUAGCGCUCAGGGGGGCGAGCAAGAGCCGUUCAAGAUCCGAGAUUUGAAUUUCGAGAUUGGAAGAAACGAACUUGUCGCUGUCAUUGGCACCGUGGGGAGUGGCAAGACUUCCCUCUUGGCUUCCUUAGCCGGCGACAUGCGCCAGACCAGUGGGGAGGUCAUCUUGGGUGCCUCUCGGUCCUUUUGUCCCCAGUACGCGUGGAUCCAAAAUGCUACAGUGCGAGAGAACAUUCUCUUCGGCAAAGAGAUGGACAAGGAAUGGUAUGCCGACGUGAUCAAAGCAUGCGCGCUGCAGCAAGACCUAGAUAUGUUGCCCAACAGUGACAUGACCGAGAUCGGUGAGAGGGGCAUCACCAUCUCUGGUGGUCAGAAGCAAAGACUGAACAUCGCCCGUGCCAUCUACUUUGAUGCGGACAUUGUCCUCAUGGACGACCCUCUCAGCGCUGUUGAUGCUCACGUUGGCCGCCACAUUUUCGACCACGCUAUCCUAGGUUUACUCAAAGAUAAGUGUCGAAUUCUGGCGACACAUCAACUAUGGGUCCUCAACCGCUGCGAUCGCAUUAUUUGGAUGGACAACGGCAGAAUCCAGGCUGUUGACACGUUCGAUAACCUCAUGAAGAAUUCCACGAGCUUCCAGCAGCUUAUGGAGUCGACAGCCGUCGAAGAGAAGAAGGAAGAGGGCAGCGUGGCCGCCCGUGUCCCCGGUGAAAAGGACAAGUCCAAGAAACAAAAGAAGACCAAGGCGGCUCUGAUGCAAACCGAGGAGCGUGCCGUGGCCAGCGUUCCCUGGUCAGUGUACACUUCCUACGUCAGGGCGUCCGGUUCGAUUCUCAACGCGCCUCUCGUUUUCUGUCUCCUAGUCAUCUCCCAGGGCGCCAAUAUCUCAACAAGUCUAUGGCUGUCUUGGUGGACUGCGGACAGGUUCGGUUACAGCAUGGGGACCUACAUCGGCGUCUAUGCUGGGCUCGGCGCUGUCCAGGCCUGUCUUAUGUUCCUCUUCAUGGUUUCUCUUUCCAUCUUUGGCACCAAGGCCAGCAAGGGGAUGCUGCGGCAAGCCGUCUCGAGGGUCCUGCGGGCACCCAUGUCCUUUUUCGACACCACACCGCUCGGCCGCAUCACGAACCGGUUCAGCCGCGACGUUGAUGUCAUGGAUAACGCCCUCACGGACGCGUUGCGCAUGUAUUUUUUCAGCAUCGCCAGCAUCUUUUCCGUCUUCAUUCUCAUCAUCGCCUAUUUUUACUACUUCGUCAUCGCCCUGGUGCCGUUGGCUAUCAUUUUCCUCUUCGCCACCAGCUACUACCGCGCCUCUGCCCGCGAGGUAAAGCGUAUCGAAUCGGUUCUUAGGUCGACCCUUUCGGCCAAAUUCUCCGAAGGCCUGUCCGGUGUUGCCUGCAUCCGAGCUUACGGGCUCAAGGACCGGUUUAUUGUCGAUAUUCGCAAGGCCAUCGACAAUGUGGACUCCGCCUAUUUCCUCACGUAUUCCAACCAGCGAUGGCUGUCCAUGAGACUGGACAUGAUAGGAAACUGCCUCGUUUUUACCACGGGAAUUUUGGUUGUGACGUCGCGAUUCUCGGUCGAUCCGUCUACCGGUGGCCUGGUUCUCUCGUACAUUCUCGCUAUCGUCCAGAUGAUCCAGUUUACCGUGCGCCAGCUGGCCGAGGUCGAAAAUGGCAUGAACUCUGUGGAGCGUCUCCGGUACUACGGCAACGAACUUGAGCAGGAAGCACCCCUCAAGACGGUCGAGGUCCGUGACUCGUGGCCGGAGAAGGGCGAGAUUGUGUUUGACAACGUCGAGAUGCGGUAUCGUGCUGGGCUCCCGCUUGUGCUGCAGGGCCUCAGCAUGCACAUCCAAGGCGGCGAGCGCAUCGGUAUCGUCGGGCGUACUGGCGCUGGCAAGAGCUCCAUCAUGUCGGCGCUCUUCCGGCUCGUAGAACUCUCUGAGGGUAGCAUCACGAUUGAUGGGCUCAAUAUUUCGACGAUUGGCCUCCACGACCUGCGCUCCCGCCUCGCCAUCAUCCCGCAAGACCCUACCCUCUUCCGCGGCACUGUGCGGAGCAACCUAGACCCCUUCAACGAGCACACCGAUCUCGAGCUCUGGUCCGCCCUACGACAAGCUGAUCUCGUGUCUGACUCCUCAUCGGGCUCGGAUUCAGAGGGCGCUGCGCACAGCAAUAGCAAUGACGACGAGAAGGCCGACGGUGCACCGGAAGACCCGGCCGUUCCCGCGCCCGCCGCCAAGGACACGUCCCGCAUUCACCUCGAGACGACUGUCGAAGAAGAUGGCCUCAACUUCUCGCUCGGCCAGCGCCAGCUCAUGGCCCUCGCGCGUGCCCUCGUGCGUGGGUCUCAGAUCAUCGUCUGCGAUGAGGCCACGUCGAGCGUGGACAUGGAAACGGACGACAAGAUCCAAGCCACCAUCGCCACGGGUUUCAAGGGCAAGACAUUGCUGUGCAUUGCUCACCGGUUGCGCACCAUUAUUGGCUACGACCGCAUCUGUGUCAUGGACAAGGGCCAGAUCGCGGAGAUGGGGCCGCCUAUUGAGUUGUGGGCGAUGGAAGGCGGUAUUUUCAGGGGCAUGUGUGAACGGAGCGGGAUUAGGAUGGAGGAUAUUCGGGGUGCGAAGGAUGAGUUGGAGGCAUUGGGGUCUGCGGGGCCGUCAUCGUAA